CUGGUGGCGAGGAGGAGGAGGAGGAGGAAGCCGUGGGCGCGAGGAUGCCUCCGCCUGCCCGCCGCCUCCAUCAGUCUCUCUCUCUCCGCGCCGCCGGGAGGAGGACGGGCAUGGGCAUGGGCAUGAGCAUGAGGCUGAGGAGCGCGCUGGGGACCUAAUCCCAGCCAGGAAGGAGAAGGAGAAGGAGAAGGAGAAGGAGAAGGAGAGGGCACCCGGGAGACGACAGGCGGGAGCCUUAGCCUGGUCUCCUUGCCCGUGGAUGUUAGGAGGCGUCGGCGGCGUCGCGGGGCCAAGAUGCUCCUGGUUUCCCCGCGGGUAGAAGCACCACGCAUGGAGAACCCACACCUGCCCUUACAGGGGUCCAUUAAGCGGAAGCUAGACGAUGAGGGCUCCCUGUCCUCCAACGCCAUGCACGAUGCCAUCUUCCCAAGUGAGCACAAGAGGCUCUGCCUGGAGGACGUCACUCUUUCCAUGGGACAAGGGACCAACCCCGUUUCCUGCGCGGAUAUGCAACACUCUCCGUUCUCUGCCAACCACGGCGUGUCCUCCAUGGGAGUGGCGGGGCAUGGGAUGCUCCUGGAGAACAAUCACAUGAACGGCAGUGGCAUCGGAUCUCCGUUUUCAGUGCCGCCUAACAGCGACGUCGCGCAGAAGGGACCGAUCGGUGGCCAUUAUGACGAGAAAGGGAGCCAUAUCCACUCUGUGGACCAGGAGCUGCAAGAUCUGUUGGAAGAGCUGACCAAAAUGCCCGACCCGUCGCCCAACGACUUGGACCUUGAGAAAAUCUUGGGAAGCAAAUCCGAGGAGCCUCUGGGCAGCCUGGGCCACGCGCAGCCGGCCAUAAACAGCACUUCGAAGCCCUCUCCGCAGGCCCCGCUCGUGGACAACCACAUGCCCAACAAAGACUUUUCUCCAGGGUGCAACCCAAACAGUGGUGGGUCGCCCCAGAUGAGACCUUCUUCAGCCGGAGCAAGUUAUCCCGGUCCACCCCAAAACAAAACGGUGGCUUCGCCCAUUUCUUCAAACACUCCGAACAAGAGCCAAGCUCAGCCAAUGCUCCCAGUCCCUUUGUCCAACAUGACUGGUCCUAACUGGCAUGCGCAGCAACUCAAACACUUGGCGGCCAGCAAGCAAGUCCCAACGACCAAGCACCAAGGGCCGAGCUGGCCGACCAUCGCUUCGCAAGGCCUCUCCCCUCCGUACCGGCAAGGCUCGUCCCCGCACCACCAGCCGUUCAGCCCUCAAAACGUCAUGGUGUCCGGGAUGGGCAACAGCAGCAUCCAGAGUCCUCAGAACUCGUUGCUCUCCAGCAUCACGUCCAACAGCAACCCGUCCAGCGGUCCAUCCCCUCCUUUUGGGCCGGAGAAGCUUUCCAGCCCGGUUCUGAACCAGCAGCCGUUCAGCCCCCCGAACCCCAUCCUUCCCAACAGCAUUCCAAACAAGAGUCCUCAGAACAGCCUGGUCUCGACCAAUACGGGCCCCUCGCCACCCUACCGGCCGGAGAAGCUGUCCAGCCCGGCUCUGCAUCAGCAGCCCUUCAGCCCCCAGAGCGGCCUCCUCCCCAGCAUCGCCCCCGCCAGUAACCCCUCCAACAUGCAGAGCUCUCUUUACAAGCCCAUGCCGGGGGCCCAGGCCAAGAACAUGAACAUGCUCCUGCAGCCGCCCUCCAACGGCAUGCAGCCAAGCCUGGGCAGCGACGGCCCUGGGCCGCAGGACCAGUUCUCUUUCAACAACACCAAGCCCCUCUCCCAUUUCAGCUCUGACCCCACAACGCCGCAGAAGAUGUCGCCCAUGAGCACCAACUCGGGGCAACAGUCGCUCAUUCACUAUCUCCAGCAGCAGCAGCAGCAGCAAGCCGCAACGUCGCAGCAGUCCCAGCAAGUGAACAACAACAGCCAGUUCAUUCAGCAGCAGUUGCGGCAACUCAUGCAACCCUCUCGGAUGCAGCGGCAAGUGCAGCCCGCCCCGUUGCCGUCACCCGCCCGGCAGGACCAAGCGCCUGGGAUUGUUACGAGGCUUCAGGAGCCCGCAGCCGUUCCAAAUGCCGGGGCAGCGCCAGCACCGUCCACGACUAUGGUGAACGGCUAUACCAUGAGGAACCAUUUGCUGAAGCAGCAGAUCAUGAGGCGGCAGCAGCAGCAGCAGUUGCAGGAAAAGCAAAGGCACGGCAUGAUGGGAGUGGCCUCGGAGCAGAGGGGACCUUUCGCGCGCCAGCAGAUCAAUCAAUUUCCCGCGGUGUCCCAGCCAAUGCCGACCGACUGCAGCCCUUCCUUGCAGGCGCCUUCGCCCGGCCACCGCAUGCUGCCGCCUGCGCAGGGCAUCCUGCAGAACGCCUUGGGGCCCGGCAUCUCCUCGCCCGCCGUGAACCAGAGCGGAGGGCCGAUGGUCAUGAUGCCCCACAACCCCGGCAAGCCGCCGGCGAUGUUCCCCUCCAGUUCCGAUUUUGGUCUCCCGCUCCGGCCGAGCCAAAACUCCCUUGGCAUGAAUUCCGGGUGCCAAACGGUCCACAGCCACCCGGCAGCCCGGCCGGGGAUGCCGUUGUCCGGCUUUGCUGCCGACCCCUUGGCGAGCCACCCUUCCGCCCAGCAGCACUUGCGGCAGCCGACGGUGCCGAGGAUCCCGAACGUCUACUCCAGCUCCUCCGCUCAGAUGUGGACCACCCCGACGGGAGUCCCUCGGAUGCCGAACCAGAACCAGAUGGAGGCCAACAUGCAGCAGUUCUCCGGCAACCCUCUCUUCGCAAAGCAGAACCUCGCAAGGCCCGGCAUCCCCGGCCAGCCGUUUCCCCACCCGCCGCCAAAUCAGAUUGCUCCAGGCGUCCAAGCCAGACAAAUACAGAAGGUCAACUUGGGGCAGCCCAGCCAAAACUUGGGCCCUCUGAACAACCAGAACCUCCGGCACAGUUUGACCCGAGGGCCUUUGCCGGCUGCCAUGAACGCCAUGAAGCCUAUGCCGCAGGGCGUGGUGCCCGGCUUCAGCCCGCUCAACCCCGCUCCGCCGGUGGGCCUGCCCAAUUAUCCCGGCUCGGCCGGACAGUCGUCGGGAGCGUUCGGCAGGAUGAGCAGCGCCGCCACCGCCGAGCUGCCUCCGCAAUAUGACUUCGUCGCCCAGCAAAACCAUUCAGUUCUGCCCGGAAACUGCAGCGAGGCUGACUUUAUUGACUCGCUCAUGAAGAACAGCGGCAGCGGCAGCACCGACGAAGACUGGCUGAACAAUUUGACAAUGAUUGAUGACAUUUUGGGGCAGCACAUCCAAAGCUCUGGGCAUGUGUAACUCUGGAGGGAGGCGGGCGGAUAUGUAAAUAGGUGGUCCACAACACGGAAGAAUAUCACAUACACACACAAAAAAACACACAAAACCCUCCUCUUCUUUCAGUGUCAAACGAACGAACGUGCCCAACGAAUUCUCCUCCCUGUUUUUCAAAAGGCUGUGUAUAUAUAUUUGAAUAUUUUGUAAAUUAUGUUUUCCUAAACAUUAAAUAUGGAAGUAUUGAGACUUC